UCGAGUUAGAGAUAAGCUGAGGAUUAGGGCUUCGAGUAGGCUGAUUCUACUCCUACUGACUCGGCGUAGGACAUACAACAAUUGAACACAAGGAUGACACCGUCAGGGAGCAGUAUGUCCAGUUUGUGGAUAUUCUUGGCCGCCAUCCUGGUCCCGUGCAGCUGCUACCCUAUCCAUCCGACCCCCGGCUACAUUAAACCGAAGGAAUACGAUUUGCAUAUCAUAAUAGACGAUGGUGGUUUUUUUGACGGUGAGGUCACAAUAAAAUUCGAAACAGGGAGUGACACGCCCAGAAAAGUGAACACGAUCGUCCUUAACAGCGAAAGCCUGUUGGUUAACAGUGCUUUCCUUAACGAUUCAAACGGGAAGGAGGAAUUUCUUACAUCCACGGUCGAUAAAACGCUGAACACCGUCAAUUUUCAGCUGAAUGAUCCACUGGAGAAAAGCUUGGUCUACUCUUUGAAAAUAUCCUUCUCGGGAAAUGCUUCAAAGGACGGACGCGGCUUACACAGCUUGAAUCAUUUGGAGGGUUUCUACAUGACAAAUCUCUGGCCCGUUUAUUCUCGCCGGCUAUUCCCGUGUUUCGACAGCCCGGACAAAAAAGCCGUCUUCAAACUCACCCUGAAUACGAACUAUACAUAUGCAGUUUCUAAUAUGCCGCUCCUCAGAACGGAAAAAAUCAUGAAUGGGUUUCGUCACACAUUCAAGGAAACACCUAAAAUACCAGUUCAUAGUUUAUUUUUCUUAAUUGGCCCCACCGAGUUCACCACUUGGGACCACUUUUACUGGGGGAACGUUUCGUUAAAUCUCUAUCCUCAUUUCCCUAAGAUUAAGUUUUUCAGCUCAAUUUUUCAAGUAGCCAAUUCUACGCUGUUUCAAUAUUUGUGGAAGAAGUCCUCCAUGGAGAAGCUCAACGUGCUCGUCGUGCCUGAUUUGGUCGAACCCUUCUACUCCGGAUACGGCGUUUUGGUUUUGAAGGACGAACUCGUCAAGUUCGACAACUAUGAUACAACCACGCAAAUAAAACUGGAAGCGGCCUAUAAAAUACUGGAAGGAUUUUUACACGUGUUCUAUGGCUCCGUGGUCUCUCCGAGCCAUUGGGAAAAAAAUUGGCUGACCAGUUCGAUAGCUCACUAUUUAAAGUUUCGAGCUUUUAAUACAGACGAGAAAUGGGGGGAUCUGGACGAAUUCAAGCUUUUGGAUGUCCAUUUUAAAACUCUGAGCACGUCUUGGCAGCCGUCUUCCGAUUCCGUCCAACCGACAACGCCGUUCAAAGAUACAAACGAACUAGAAAGAUUCAUAACGGGAUCGUCACAGAUAAAAGGAGCUUCAGUUCUUUUUAUGCUAGAAACGUUAAUCGCAGGGAGCAAGUUGGAGAUGGUUCUAGUCGAAUUCUUAGAUAAAAAUAAAUACAGCGACCAUGUAGACGAAAAAACUCUAUUUGCCGAACUUUCCAUGGUUAUUAAGAAUGUACCUGUCAAAAUGGACGACUUUUUGUACACUUGGAUUACACAGAGACGCUUGCCUUUGAUCGAAUUGUCGAUGCGUAACGACGGUGUUACUUUAACGGAGAGUGUUUAUUCGAAUGGAGAUAAAGGGGAGAACGCUACCGUUCUGUGGGCCAUGCCGGUCACGUAUACGACCAGAUCCAACCCGACAGACCUCGCCCCGAUAUGGUUCCUCGACGGAACGUCAUCUAUAAAAUUAAAUGUGUCCGAGAACGACUGGGUAGUUUUGGCAGUAGACGGAAAAGUGCCUCUGGUUAGCAACUACGACGAGAGGAGUUGGUACCUCAACGGGGAAGCGCUCCAGCAGAAUAUGAACUCGUUUUCUCCGAGCACGAGGGCGAAGCUCGUAGGCGAUGCGUUCAGGAUGGCGAAGGACGGAAAAACCAGUUACUUAUUUGUUCUUAAUUUACUAACAUAUUUGGACAACGAGAGGGCUUUGGCACCUUGGUUGAAGGCCAUAGAAGGCUUCAAAGAAAUGUAUUCUUGGAUAUUUUACACCAGUUCGAAUUCUACGUUUAAUCUGAAGGAGGACUUUCAGACGUAUGUCAUCAAUCGUAUGUCGGCGGUAUAUCAUACGCUGGGCUUCGAGCCGAAUAACACUGAUCACAAAACGGACAUACUGAGGAAAGAAAUAGUAGGAGCUAUGUGCUACUUCGGCUACGAGCAGUGUCGAUCCGAAGCGAUGAAACUUUACUUAGAAAUGAAGGACAACAAAUACAUUCCGUCGAACGACAUGAGAACGAACCUGGUUUGCGCCGGCAUGAGGACCGUUCAGAAGGAAACGGAAUGGAUGCAGAUGUACGAAGAACUGAUGAAUCGAACUCUUACGGACCCUGUUUUCGAUCUGUAUCUGGAUGUUCUAGCGUGUCCUACUCGAGAAAACAGCAAAUCAAUAAGAAAAUAUCUUAGCACGAUAUUUUUGGAGAAAGGCGAAAUCCCUGUUUCGAAAAUUUCCGUAGCUUACCGAGCGGUUUACUCGAAAGCCGAACAUAUAAAUCAAGCGCUUUACUUUCUGCUCGACAGGAGUAUGAAAAUCACAAAAAUCAGCCCGUACAAACUGGCCGAACUGCUGAACGAAGUCACGGAGUACAUAUCAACAACUUAUCACGAUAAACUGCUGAAGACCUUUCUGGAAAGUCACAAGGGCGCGGCCAAACCGUUUGUGGACGCUGUCAAGCUCGGACGGGACAAGUUUCAAAAAAAGCAAAGUUUCAUAAUGAAGAACGUGAAUGACAUUCAUGCAGGAUUGGAUACACGACCGACUCUGCCUCCGACGGCGACUCCCGAUACUCCAACUUCAACUCCGCCUACAAAACCUCCAACUACAGCACCGCCGACUACGAGACCACCGCCGACUACGAGACCACCGCCAACAGGAACACCAACAACACGAACCCCAUCCACUUUAUCCCCCGUUCCUACAACGCCAGCUCCAGAGUCGGGUGGGCUCUCCGUAGGCAGCAUAUCGCUCAUCACGGUCGGUGUUCUCAUAGCCGCAGCCUUAAUAGGACUGAUCUUCUAUUAUUCGUGCAGACGAGGAGGAUGUUGUGCUUAGAACAGUUUUAUAGUUAAAAAUUCACCAUUCUACCUGUCAUUUUAAUUACAAACGAGAAUGAAAUUGUUGCCAUAUUAAAUUUCUAACCUUGCUUUGCUUUAUCUUAAAGGUGAUACAGUCACGAAUAGAAAAUGUAUAAACACGAGUUGCUUGGAUAAAGAUGGAUGAUAGGAAGCGGGGUUUGUGCUCCCCAGGCAUUGCAGCCUUCUGGCUUAGUGUUCCUUGCAAAACCAAAUUAAUGAGAUUAUGAUAUAUUGUAAAUAGACAAAAGUGCGUAUAUAUAAAGAUUAUUUUUAAGGUGUUAUUUCAUUGCCAUGCAUAUAUAUUCUAUACCUCAAAGAAUAAAAAUAGCUGAUUUAAAAAAAAAGUUGAUAAAAAUUAUUUCAAUUAGAUUUCCAAUACCUAUUUUAGUUUGCUCUUUCUGGAAUGGUUAAAAUUGAUUAUUUCUUAACAAAACAAUCUAAUAAUGGCAGUGGAAUAGUCGAAAAAUAUGCAUUCAGUUGUAAGAUAAUUUGCCAAUUUCAACUCUAUUUAUUUCUAAUUUUCCAAAGUCACGAAAAAUUUUAAAAUUUUGAACGAUUUGGGUUUUUUGUGUGCGUAUCAAAGCUGUCAAUGUUCAAAAAUAAAACAAUUCGUUUAUUACCGUAAAA